UUGAACAAAUUCAACUCUCAAGCGUCUAGCCACCAAACUAGAGAAGUAAUUUUCUCCCCUUUCUAAGAGUAUUUCUUUUCCGAACUCCAAACGCAAUGUUACAUAUUAUUCCUAUUGAAUUUGUUUUUGUUUUGAAACGGCAAUAUUGAAUUCGUUAUUCCAACUUCGAUCCCGUUGAUAGCUCCUCGAUCAGGCUCUUGUGCUGUCCAGCGACAACAUAUUGAAUGGAGCCACAUGUCGGGGUCAAAACCCAAUUGGUUCAGAUCUGAGGCUAUUUCAACCUGAUUCAUCCACAGCAUCAAAUCUCUCCUUCUCCUCUCGUCUCCUCUCUUUCUCUCUCUCUCUGGAAAGAUGGCUCGGAUGUUUGAGUACUUCGUGGUGUGCGGGCUUGGUCCGGAGAUUCGAACGGUGGAUGGGAACCGUGGAUUCCACGGGAUAGGAGGGGUGCAGUACUUGCCUUCUCUCCUCGAUCAGUACCCUUCUCCCAACCACUCUCUAUAUCCUCCUCCGCCUCCCCAGCUUCCCACUUGUGUUCUACCAGCUGGUGUGGAGUUCUACACAUCGGGCUUCGAUCAUAAUGACAUCUCAACUUUUCCGCGGAGCUAUCCAAUUGUUUUAACUGAGGGUGACGGGUCUAAAAUUUACGUUAGUUGCAUUGCUUUUCGGGAUCCGGUCUGUGAUGAUAUUGCUGAAGCUUAUCGCAUCCCUGCAAAUUCAUUUGCUGACAAAUGUAUUUGUCUUGUUUCACGCUCACCCAGUUUUCAUAUCCUUCGGGAUGCAUUGGAGGAACUAUUUGCACUUUGCUUUUCUCCUAAUGGAAGUAGCAAGCCACUGUGGGAUGUUAUUGCGAGUGUGGUGUCCAGUGUACCUCUGCCUACUCCUGCAAAGGAUCGAGUUUUGUUUGCUAUUGAGAAUAGCCUGCUUGCUGUUGAAGUUCCGCCAAAGGAAGGGCUCCCACAUGCCGAUAUAUCUUUUCAGCCGCUGGUACAGUGUUUGGAUGUUGACAAUUUCCUUCAACUUUUUACUGCUGUAUUGCUGGAACGGAGGAUUUUGUUUCGAUCAAACAAGUAUUCUCUGUUGACUCUAGUAUCAGAAGCCAUGUGCUAUUUGAUAUAUCCAUUUCGAUGGCAACAUGUCUACAUUCCUUUGCUAUUCUUCAGUGGGGUGGACUAUAUUGAUGCUCCUACACCAUAUAUGAUGGGUCUUCAUUCAGGUGUUGAUACUUCUGGUCUGACAAUGGAUGGUGUAGUUGUUGUGGACCUUGAGCAUAACCACAUCACUACAACAGAGGAAAUUCCUCCCCUACCUGAGCCAGAAUUAAGUUUGUUACGUAGUGAGAUAAUGAAGCUGUUGUAUCCAAAUGUUGUUGGGAUUGACCAAUUGAAAGGUAGCCUUGGGAGUUCAUCUGAGCAGUAUUCAAGAGGCAGCGGCAAGCCCUGGGGAGAAGAUCACAACCUUCAGUUUAGGUUCAUAUUUCUGAAAUUUUUUGCAUCAAUUUUAGGUGGCUAUCGCAAUUUCAUAGAAAAUACUGCAACUCAUGUCUUCAAUACUCAAGCAUUUUUGAAGAAGCGCUCUCGGUCAACCAACCAACCACCAGAACCAAUGAUUACACAGUUUUUAGACUCCCAAGGUUUCUUGGAUUAUCUAGAGAGGGGUCUUGGCUCUGAUGAGAACAAUAACAAUCUUCUUGACAAGUUACAAGAUGCCAUUGGAAGAGGCCAGAAUCCACUAUCAAUUCUUCCCUUACCUUCGGCAGAACCUGAGAUUGUAACAAUAUCAGAUUCUGGUGCUGGAUUGUCAGGUGCCAAAUAUAAUUAUGAUAGGUUUCCUUCAAACAUUAGAACAGAAGAGCAGGAGGAAAAGAGGAAGCAGAUUCUAGCAACUGCUGGUGGAGCUCUCAGUUCACCUGCAGUGCUCAUUGGUAAGGACUCCAAGGCAGAAAGUUUAAGUCCAAGAGAGAGGGCUGCUGAACGGGAGCGUAUGGUUUUAGACAUAAAAGUGAAGCUGCAGGGCCUAUGGUUGCGUCUCUUGAAAUUGGGAACCACUGAUGAUCCUCUUUCAUCCUUUGAAUAUGGAACAAUCCUUGCUCUGAUUGAGUCUGAUGCAGAAGGCAUCGGUGGUAGUGGCUUUGUUGAAUGCAUUAGGGAGCACAUACAUUCAGGGUGGGCCUGUCAAUUGUCUGAGGAGCAGUUCAUUGCCGUGAAAGAAUUGCUCAAAACAGCCAUUAAUCGUGCCACCUCUAGGAAUGACAUGGCAACUGUCAGAGAUGCACUUGAAGUGUCUGCUGAAAUGUAUAAAAAGGACACUAAUAAUGUUUCAGACUAUGUUCAGCGCCAUCUUCGUUCUCUUUCCAUUUGGGAGGAGCUGCGGUUUUGGGAAGGCUAUUUUGAUUAUCUGAUGGAUCGGUCUUCAAGCAAGUCAGCCAAUUACGCAACAUUGGUGACAACGCAGCUAAUUAUUGUGGCGUCACACAUGGCUGGAUUGGGACUUCCUGACACUCAUGCUUGGUACAUCAUUGAAACAGUUGCGGAGAAGAAUAACAUUGGAUACAAGCAAAUUAUAAAACUAAGGGGAUUUCUGUCACAUAUCCAGCAACUAUAUAUCAGUUACUGGGGAAUGUAUUCCAUAAAGUCGCAAUCUGUGUCACCGUAUGGUUUGCCAUCCCCACAUCCACAAGAUGCCAACAAUGACAUUCAGCAACCUACAGAGGCUUCUGGAAGGAGCUGGGUCCAGAGCAUGUUUAGUAGGGAUACAUCAUCUAGAGCAAAUUCUUUCAGUCGUGUUCGCAAAUGGACUUCAGAUAGUGGACCCUUAGCUACAACGGAGAAUGGGACUCCUCACAAACUAGAUUCAACUGCUGCUGGACAAAAGAAAAUACAAGCAAAUGUUCGCCUCCUCAGAGGUCAUACUGGUGCUGUCACUGCUCUCCAUUGCGUGACAAGAAGAGAGGUGUGGGAUUUGGUGGGUGACCGUGAAGAUGCAGGUUUCUUUAUAAGUGGAAGCACAGACUGCUCGGUAAAGGUUUGGGAUCCUAGUCUUCGUGGUUCUGAGCUAAGGGCAACUUUGAAAGGACAUACAGGAACUGUUCGAGCGAUAAGUUCUGACAGAGGGAAGGUGGUGUCAGGAUCUGAUGAUCAGUCUGUAAUUGUAUGGGAUAAGCAAACAACACAGCUUCUAGAAGAGCUGAAGGGCCAUGAUGCACAGGUCAGUUGUGUGCGCAUGUUGUCAGGGGAACGCGUCCUCACUGCUGCUCAUGAUGGAAUGGUAAAAAUGUGGGAUGUAAGAACUGAUACUUGUGUUGCAACUGUUGGUCGUUGCUCAAGUGCUGUUCUUUGCAUAGAAUAUGAUGACUCCACUGGAAUACUGGCUGCUGCUGGUAGAGACACUGUUGCGAACAUUUGGGACAUCCGUGCUGGCAGGCAGAUGCAAAAACUUUUAGGCCACACCAAAUGGAUCCGGUCAAUUAGAAUGGUCGGUGACACUUUAAUUACAGGCAGUGAUGAUUGGACAGCACGAAUGUGGUCUGUCUCUCGAGGAACAUGUGAUGCUGUUCUAGCUUGCCAUUCUGGCCCAAUUUUGUGUGUUGAGUACUCCGAUUCGGACAAAGGAAUAAUAACAGGUUCAACCGAUGGUUUGCUCCGGUUUUGGGAAAAUGAGGAGGGGGGUAUUAGAUGCGUGAAAAAUGUUACUAUCCAUGCUGCAUCUAUAUUAUCCAUCAAUGCUGGGGAUCACUGGUUAGGGAUCGGAGCAGCCGAUAACUCAAUGUCGCUAUUCCAGCGACCUCAAGAGAGACUUGGUGCUUUGUCGAGCACAGGGUCGAAGAUGACUGGGUGGCAACUCUACAGAACACCUCAGAAAACAGUUGCUGUGGUACGAUGUGUGGCGUCAGACCUUGAAAGGAAAAGGAUUUGCAGUGGUGGUCGUAAUGGGCUGCUUAGGUUAUGGGAUGCUACCAUCAACAUCUGAAUUUCUCUUGUACAGUAUAUGUUUAUGAGUGUUAUAACCUUGUAUUUUUCUCAGAUAGAAUGUUAUUUUGAAAAAAGAUAAUGCAUCAGAAUGCAGUUUUGCCCUCCUUUUUGGAACACUGAAGUUGUGCCAAUCAUUCCGUGCAAAGAGAACGUGAUGAUGAUUCAACGGUUAUGCUGGUUUUGACACCAAUUGUUGCUCUUAACAUGUGGCUAGAUUUUUAUUAUAUUGCUAAAAUUAAAGCACACAAGCUAAUUUCAAA